UUCUUUGUUUGAUAAGGAAAUAUAUCAUUGUGGAACAUGGAAUCGGCUUUGCAAGAUCAUCACCGCGAUGAUGCAGGGGAUAAAAGACGAUCUCUUCGUUUUAUGAUCUUCAAUGUUAUGGCUCAUGAUGCUGGUGUGCAAUCUAUUGUUUUUCAUGGUUUACGAGAUCCUGUCAAUCUUGUCUCUGUGGGAAAUGAUGCCAAGUUGAAUAUUUUGGAUAUCCAAGAUCCAUUUGUUCCCAUGACUAUAUUCCGAUUACGAAGUAUCAUUUACUGUGUUGUAUGGCCUGGUCAUUGUCAAAAAAUCUCCUUUGUUGAUGGCGAUCUAAUGGGAAAGGAAGCAAACAUGCAAGAUUGCCAAGACUUCAAAUCGGGACAACAUUUUGCAGAGUGUUCAGGAAUGAUGAUGUGUAUGGCUGCAAGUGAACAACAUGUAUAUAUCACUCAUGGGACAUCGGAUGGCUUUGUUAAGUUUCACAAUAGUUAUACUCAAAGAAUUAGAGGCGUGCCCAAAAUUCAACCUGUAGUAUACAAGCUUAUAUACCAUGAAGAAACAGAUACAUACCGUUACAUUGAUGGAUUGGAACCAAUAGCUAUUAAAAAGAAAGGAAAUAAUACAGACAUGGUGAAUUUCGUACUGGAUCAUAAUAUAUCAAUCAAUCAGGUAUGUUGGAACCACAACAGUAAGACUUCAGCUUGGAUGGCAUCUGCAGGAUCAAAUGGCCUUUGUCGGUUGGACUUUAUUGGUGUAGGGGAAGAUUGGGAUUAGAUUGUAUAGUUUUUAUUAAAUUUGUAUAUAGUGAAUUAAAAAAAAAAUGUUUCAGUGAUCUCCAAGCUGUCAGAUAUUUUCAAACACCGGACCGUGACCUUGACCUUGAGUCCUGAACGUUGUUUGUU